AUGACUGCCAUUCUAUCGCUUUUGGCUCAGUUGCAACCCGAUCCUGCUAUGGCACUUGAAGCGUUUCCGUGCUAUCUUUCCACCAUCUACGAGGGCAUCCUGCCUGUCUAUCCGAUUAUAGCGCCAGAUGACUUGAACAAUCUAUUUUGCUCUCUUGUUCAUGAACCGACUGAGGAGAGUUUCACUGUUACACCGGCCGCCGCUCAGCUUCGCUAUGGAGGGAACACAAACAUAGAUCAGUUUGAGCAGUGCAAAUGGCAGCGCUUUGCAGAGUCUACUCAAACGUCUACAAAGUUACCUUGGAUGAUUGAAGGAUUGAGUUUCACUUUCUUAUACCACCUUUGUAGUGGUAUACCUACGGGGAGGUUACAGACAGUUCUGUUAUCUGCGUGUGAAAAGCAAGCAAGAAUUCAGGAGCCCAUCACAUGGAAUGAGCUGGCGAAACUGACAGGUUCUUGGCUUAUGCUGUUUGAGACGCAACCACUUUCUCCGACAAGCUUUUCUCUACCGAUGCCAGCAAUUUCGUUCCUUCUGAGUCUAGAUCUGAAGCAGCUUUUUCAAUGGCUGCUCCCGCAGAUGGGCAAUGAUCUAGCUUCGAAUUAUGUCCGACGUUUACAAUCUUGCCUGGUCCAGCAUGCGAUACGGCAGUCACAAAAGUCUCAACAGAUAUUAGAGGUCCCUCCAAGAUUCGCCACAGAGGGGUCCGGCAGUAUCCUUGAUAUUGUGGCUUGCUAUCCAUGGUAUUCGGCCUACGUUGAGUUGGCAAGAAAACAGCUAUUGGGAGAUGCCCAGACAAAGCAUUAUGCACAAGCUUUUCUGCACGAGGUCAUCAAUCACCUCAACCACCUACAGAAGGACAAAAACAUUUUUCGUAGGACACUGAGUUUGCAAAGAGAGAUUGGAUUCAUUCGAACCGUGGCACAAGGCGCCAAGGUCCGGCUGUGCGAGCUUGACUGUGCUAUAUUCGCACAGCAGGAGUUGCUCCGCUUUAUGGAAGUCUAUAUGCAAGAAUACAUAGGCAAAGGGCAGAUGGAUGAAUACCGCGCGGAAUCAAGCUCCUUGAAACGGAUGGGGGUGACCUUUCUUGGAGGUCCAUGCCUCAAUGAAGACAAAAGUUGCCAGAUCUAUAUCUAA